AUGCUGGCAUCUAAGAAAAUAAUGAGAGGGAAUUCCACCCUGGUGACUGAAUUUAUUCUCUUGGGAUUGACUGAUCGUCCAGAGCUUCAGCCUGUCCUGUUCGUGCUGUUCCUGGUGAUAUACUUGAUCACUGUAGGGGGAAACGUGGGGAUGUUGAUAUUGAUCAGGAUAGAUUCCCACCUCCACACCCCCAUGUACUUCUUUCUUGCCAGUUUGUCCUGCUUGGAUUUGUGCUAUUCCACUAACGUAACUCCCAAAAUGUUGGUGAAUUUUCUAUCAGAGAAAAAAACCAUUUCCUAUGCUGCUUGUUUAGUCCAAUGUUAUUUUUUCAUUGCCAUGGUGAUUACUGAAUACUACCUGCUGGCUGUGAUGGCUUAUGACAGGUACAUGGCCAUCUGUAACCCUUUGCUUUACAGUAGCAAGAUGUCCACCGGGGUGUGCGUUCGCCUGAUUGUGGGUUCCUAUGUCUACGGGUUCCUGAGUGGCCUGAUGGAAACCAUGUGGACCUACCGGCUGACCUUCUGUGACUCCAAUAUCAUUAACCACUUCUAUUGCGCCGACCCGCCCCUCAUCCGACUCUCUUGCUCGGACACUUUCAUUAAGGAGACAUCCAUGUUUGUGGUAGCAGGAUUUAACCUCUCCAACUCCCUGCUCAUAAUUCUCAUCUCCUACGUCUUCAUUCUCUUGGCUAUUCUGAGGAUGCGUUCGGUGGAAGGCAGACGCAAGGCAUUUUCUACCUGUGGAUCCCAUCUGGUGGCGGUGACUGUGUUCUACGGGACACUGUUCUGCAUGUAUGUUCGACCUCCCACGGACAAGUCAGUGGAACAGUCCAAAAUCAUCGCUGUGUUCUAUACCUUUGUAAGUCCUAUGUUAAACCCCAUCAUUUAUAGUCUGAGGAACAAGGAUGUGAAACAAGCUUUCUGGAAACUCAUCAGAGGAAACGUGCUUUGGAAGUAA